AUGGCAGGCAAGAAGAAAGAAAUCCAGCUUCAGACCACAAUAUGCAACCAAAAUGAGUGGGAUGAAAUGUUGCUGACAAAAGGCGUAGUAGUAAUAGAUGUGUAUCAAGCUUGGUGCGGCCCUUGCAAAGCUGUGGUAAAUUUAUUCAGAAAACUGAAGAAUGACUUCAGUGAAGAUGAUGUGCUGCAUUUUGCAGUGGCAGAAGCUGACAGCAUUGAGACUCUGCAACCAUUUAGGAAUAAAUGUGAACCCGUGUUUCUCUUUUGUGUUAACGGCAAAAUUAUUACAAUAGUGAGAGGUGCAAACGCUCCUCUUAUAAGUAAGAAAGUAACAGAACUAGUACAAGAAGAGAGGGAAAUUCUGGCUGGACAGAAGGAACGCCCCAAGGUGGAUGAACUUGUUUUCCUAGAAGAGAAAUUGUCAGAAGAGUCUAUUGAGGAGACUGUACGUGAGGAAGAAGUCACAUACUCUGUUGGAAUUAUAAAACCUGAUGAUGUUUCAGAGGGACGUGUAGAGGAAAUUAAACAAAAGAUUAGAGAUGCAGGCUUUGGCAUUGCAGCAUCAGAAGAGAAAAUGCUAAGUGAAGAGCAAAUCAGAGAAUUCUACACCAAGAAAAGAGAACAGCCUGAUUUUGAUGAUUUUGUUCAAUUCAUGAUGAGUGGACCGUGCCAUAUUCUGAUAAUCACUAAAAAAAAAGGAACAGAUGCUAUUCCUCUCUGGAAAGAACUGCAUGAAACAAGUGAAGGCAUGCCUGGUGAGGCUGAGGCUGAAGAAACAGACAGGCUGCAAAGAACUGAAGAAAAUGAGACUAUAUCAAAUAUAUGUGAUGUGCCAGACAGCUUAGAAGAUGCUAGCAGGCAACUCGCCUUCUUUUUCCCAAAUUUUGAUAGAAAGAGCACAGAACAAAAAUUUGAGAAGACGUUGGCCUUAAUUAGACCUUGUGUCCUAAGAGAAAGACGGGAUUCCAUUAUGCAAAGCAUAAAAGAUGAUGGCUUUGAGGUAGCGAUGCAGAAGGAAAUAACCCUAUCUGAAGAACAAGCACGAGAAUUUUAUAAAGAACAUGAAAACGAAGACUAUUUCCCAGCACUGCUAGAACAAAUGACCAGUGGUCCAACACUUGUACUUGCUCUAACACGACAAAAUGCUAUAGCACACUGGAGAGAUUUAUUAGGCCCAAAGACUAUUGAAGAGGCAAAGAAGAAAAAUCCAAACAGUUUACGUGCAAAGUAUGCAGUCGACAACUUAGAUAUUAAUCAGCUGCAUGGUAGUUCUUCACUUACUGAUGCUCAGAAGGAAUUAGAGUUCUUCUUCCCUCAGGAGCACACUUUGGCACUAAUCAAACCUGCUGCUGCUAAAAAUCACAAAGAUGAAAUUAUGCAAAAGGUUAAAGAUGCUGGGUUUACUAUAUCAAAAAUUAAAGAAGAAGCUUUAACUCGUGAAAUGGCUACACAGUUUUACAAGGAUCAUGAAGGAAAACCCUUUUUUGAAGAGCUGGUGGCAUGCAUGACUGAGGGCCCGUCUGUGGUAAUGGUCUUAACAAAGGAAAAUGCUGUCCAAGAGUGGAGGAAACUAAUGGGUCCAACAGACCCAGAAGUGGCAAAAGAGAGCUAUCCUGAAUCAAUUCGAGCCCAGUUUGCACAAAAUAUUUUGUCGAAUGCUGUUCAUGGAUCAUCUAAUAGAGAACAUGCACUGGAAAGCAUUGAGUAUGUUUUUGGCGAGAUUGAUAUAGAUUGAGCAAUUAGUAUUUGAUUUUUUGAAAUUUAUAGUCAUUAGAUACAUUUGUCUGCCUAGACACCUAUAUUUAACCGUAGAUGUACACACACCUGUUUUCCUUCAUAUUCCAUACGUUUUUUGUUAUAAUCCCAUUUCUGUGCAACAAGGAAUAUCUAUGUAACAAGUAGUAAGUGCUAAAAAAUUGAUGUUAGUAGUGAUUUACUCAUGUAUGCUUGAUAUAUAUACAUAUUUGUUUUCAUCACUUAACAAAUGCAUGUUUUUCAAAUAGUCCAAGAAUCUAAUGUGUUUUGUGACAAUUAUCUUAAAAACAGUGUCAAGGAAGGUCCUUAAAACACUGCUAGCGAUACACCUGCUGUAAAUAUUUCAACCAAACUUAACUGGCUUUGCAAAGCUGUACAUUUGUAGCACUGAAGAGUUCUCUGCCUUGAAUUGGACCAGAAACACGAAUGACGGACACAGAACAGUGGUUAAGAUGGUUGGAAUGGAUCUCUGUACAUCAUCUAGCCCAGCCUCCUGCUUUACAUGGACCUACUGCCAACAAUUUAUCAGGACAGCAGUGGC